ACUAGGUCAGCCAUGUGGAUGCGUCUGUUGAACAGCUGAAGAGGGGGGGCUCACGGAGAGGCAGGGAGAUAGGCAGAACGCGGUGUGUGUGCAUAUGAAAGAGGGGGUAGAGGCAGAGAGAGAGCGCGCGCGCGUGUGAGUGUGUGAGAGAGUGUGUGUGUGUGAAAAAGGAAGCCGAGUCUGUAAACGGUGAACUCACUGAUUUCCUACCCCUCGAAGUGCAGCACUGUAUCAAGACUACAGUCCUUUAUGCGUUUCACAUCGGGAGCUAUAACACGGCGUAAGGGAACGGAGUCCGCCGUGUGCUUUCUGAAGGAGUCCCUCGGCGAUCGGAACGUGGAUAAAUUAGCAAAAGCGAGAUCGUCUUUUGUUGAAGCAAGUGCCCGCUUCCCUCUGCAUGGGCAGCGGCUCUUUAAGGAUAAAGUGUCGGCGCGAUACUGCUUAGCCCUGGUUCUUGGAUCUGACCCAGGCCAACAAGUUCGGCCGGGUCAUUUGGUAGUAGCUGCCGAGGAUUCUGUUUGAAAUUGUUUGCAGCAGUCGAUUGGAACUUAGAUCAUCAGACUGGCGGCUCUCCUGAAACACUGGGGUUGUCGGUGCGGCGGACUUUUUCCUGGAUCUGACCGGUAAAUUCAGAAGACUGAAGCCCAGGCUCACAGUCUACCUUUCACGGAGGCCCAGCCGUGAGAGGACAGAGGAAGGCACGUGGCGAAUCAUGACCGCCGACAAGGACAAGGACAAGGAGCGGGACCGCGACAGGGACCGUGACCGGGACAGAGACAGAGAGCGCGAGAGGGACAAGGGACGUGGUGGUGGCCGGGCCAAGCAGGACAAAGAAGCGAGGCAGCUCAGGCCAGGCCGCGCCGCUGCCGCGUUAAGAGAGCGAGCAUACGCCUUCGGAAGCGAACACAGCGAAGACGAUGACAAUGAGGGAGGCACCUCCGGAGGUGGUGGUGGAGGAGGUGGGGGCGGGGGAGGAGGAGGAGGAGAAGGAGGCAAGAAGAGCAAGAAGAAGCUGCCCAAGAAGAAGUCACGCUACGAGCGCAUGGAGAACGGAGAGAUCACCUCCUUCAUUACGGAGGACGACAUCAUCUACCGGCCUGGAGACUGUGUGUACAUUGAGAGCCGUCGACCCAACACACCCUACUUCAUCUGUAGCAUUCAGGAUUUUAAGCUGAGCAAACGGGACCAUCUGCUGAUGAAUGUGAAGUGGUACUACCGCCAGUCUGAGGUGCCCGACUCGGUCUACCAGCACCUGGUGCAGGACCGCAACAACGAGAACGACUCUGGUCGGGAACUGGUCAUCACUGACCCCGUUGUCAAGAGCAGAGAGCUCUUCAUCUCAGACUAUGUGGACACGUACCAUGCUGCUGCCCUCAGGGGAAAGUGUAACAUCACCCACUUCUCCGACAUAUUCGCCGCCAGGGAGUUCAAAGCCCGCAUCGACUCCUUCUUCUAUAUCUUGGGAUACAACCCAGAGACAAGGCGGCUAAACAGCACACAAGGGGAGAUCCGAGUAGGUCCCAGCCACCAGGCCAAGCUCCCAGACCUGCAGCCCUUUCCCUCUCCUGGCGGCCAGUCCGUGACUGAGAAAGAGGAGUUGGUGUGGAUGCCGGGGGUCAACGACUGUGAUCUGCUCAUGUACCUUAGGGCAGCCAGGAGCAUGGCAGCGUUUGCGGGGAUGUGUGACGGAGGUUCCACAGAGGAUGGCUGCCUAGCUGCUUCCAGAGACGACACCACACUCAAUGCGCUAAACACUCUGCACGAGAGUAGUUACGACGCUGGGAAGGCCCUGCAGCGGCUGGUCAAGAAGCCUGUGCCCAAACUCAUCGAGAAGUGUUGGUCAGAGGACGAAGUGAAACGGUUCAUUAAAGGACUGAGACAGUACGGCAAAAACUUCUUCAGGAUUCGGAAAGACCUACUUCCCAACAAGGAAACGGGCGAACUGAUCACGUUCUACUACUACUGGAAGAAGACGCCCGAGGCGGCCAGCUCACGAGCCCACCGCCGCCACCGAAGACAGCCCGUCUUCCGCCGCAUCAAGACCCGGACCGCCUCCACGCCCGUCAACACUCCCUCACGCCCCCCCUCCAGCGAGUUUCUGGACCUGAGCUCAGCCAGUGAGGAUGACUUUGACAGCGAGGACAGCGAACAGGAGCUGAAGGGCUACGCCUGCCGCCACUGUUUCUCCACCACUUCUAAAGACUGGCACCACGGAGGCCGGGAGAACAUCUUACUGUGCACCGACUGCCGGAUCCACUUCAAGAAGUACGGCGAGCUACCACCCAUCGAAAAGCCCGUGGACCCGCCUCCGUUCAUGUUCAAACCCGUCAAAGAGGAAGAGGAUGGGCUCAGCGGCAAGCAUAGCAUGAGGACCCGACGCAACCGAGGCUCGAUGUCGACGCUACGAAGUGGCCGUAAGAAGCAGACAGCCAGCCCCGAUGGCAGAGCCUCCCCCACCACCGAGGACCUGCGCUCCAGCGGACGCACCUCACCCAGCGCAGCGAGCACGUCCAGCACAGACAGCAAGACCGACUCCAUGAAGAAACCCACCAAGAAAAUCAAGGAGGAAGCUCCAUCGCCCAUGAAGAGUGCCAAACGUCAGCGGGAGAAGGGCACCUCGGACACGGAGGAGUCGGAGAGGGCGAGCGCCAAGAAGUCGAAGACUCAGGAGCUAAGUCGACGGACUGCGCCGCCCGGAGUUGAGGGAGAGAGGUGAGAAGCUGAGAGCUCCGCAGGGCGCAGUGUGAGCAGCGAGGGGGCGCUUAGUGACCCCAAGGACAUGCGACCAGAGGACAGCCGCGGCUCUCGCCCUGGCAUCCCCAGCCGGCGACGAGGCGGCUGGACUCGUCGACCCCAGCAGCACCUGCCACCGCCCGUCAUCCCGAGGUGCCAGCCGGGCGCCAUGCCCUCCGCCGCCCCCAACCCCCAAUCAUCCGCCUCCGCCUUGUCAUCGUCCUCUUCUUCGUCUUCAUCCGCGACGGUCACUCCAAACCCCCCGACGUCAGUCGCGCCCCCAGCCUUACCUCCGCAGGUGUCCCCUGCCGGGCCUCCGGUGCCCAUGCCCCCUCAGCCCCCAUGCCCCUGGCCAGACCCCACUCUGGCUCAUCCAGUCGGCGGGCGGUGUCUCACACUCCACCAUGGCGGCUGCCCCUGCAGCCUCACUCGCCCCGCUGCCCCAGAGCUCCUCAGAGCGUCCUCUCAGACUGCCUCUCAGGCGCUGGCGCCACCCUUGCCCCCUCCGCCGCCACCUCACCACGGCCCGCUGCCCCCCAUGGCCCACCCCCUGCAGGGCGGGCCGCCUCACCUGCCCCCGCACGGGCACCCAGCACACGGCAUGCCCCCCCAGCCCUUCCCGCACUCGCAAGCUCAGGUGCCCCCCUCAGGCUCCCACCCAGGACAGCCUCAACCCUCCGCAUUGUCCCAGCGAGAGAGGGAACGGGAACGGGAACGAGAGAGGGACCGAGAACGGGAGAGGGAGAGAGACCGGGAUCGGGAUCAGCAGCCGCCUUCCCACAUGCCCCGACGCCCCAGCUGCCGCCGGGAGCCCCCAGCGCCAUGAAAGCAGCCAUGGCCCCCGGCGUCCAUCUCCAUGCCCCACAUCAAGCCGCCCCCCACCACGCCCAUCCCGCAGAUGCCCAGCGCACCUUCCUCGCACAAGCACGCGCCGCACCUGGCCGCGCCGCCACCCUUCCCCCAGAUGCCCUCAAACCUGCCGCCGCCGCCGGCGCUCAAGCCCCUCAGCUCGCUGUCCACCCACCACCCGCCCUCGGCGCACCCGCCCCCGCUGCAGCUCAUGCCCCAGAGCCAGCAGCUGCAGCCGCCGCCCGCCCAGCCCCCCGUGCUCACGCAGUCCCAGAGCCUGCCCGCCUCGACUGGGCACGGGCCUCCGCAACCUCCCCCUCUCCCUCCGUCCGCAGCAGCCGCUGCUGCCGCUGCCGCUGCUGCUGCUGCCGCCGCCGCCGCCUCGCACGGGCUGCCCUCCCAGCCGCCCUUCCCGCCCCACCCCUUCAUCCCCGGGGGCUCGGCCGUGCUGCCCCCUUCUUCGGUGGUGCCGCCGCCCUCCUCCGCUGCCUCUAUGCCCGGUCUGCCGCCUGUGGCCUCGUCCAUGCCGUUGCCUGCCUCGGUCAGCGCCAGCUUGCCGGGGCCCUCCUCUGUGGCGAUGCCCGCCAUUCAGAUCAAGGAGGAGCCGCUGGAUGAGGCCGAGGAGCCCGAGAGCCCGCCGCCUCCUCAGAGGAGCCCCUCGCCUGAACCCACCAUCGUCAACACUCCCAGCCACGCCAGCCAGUCCGCAAGGUUCUACAAACAUUUGGAUCGGGGCUACAACACCUGCGCCAGGACCGACUUCUACUUCACUCCGCUGGCCUCGUCCAAGCUGGCGAAGAAACGCGAGGAGGCCCUGGAGAAGGCCAAGAGGGAGGCCGAGCAGAAGGCUGUGAAGAGAGGAGAAAAGCCGGGAGGCGGGAGGAGAAGGAAAGCCCGAGCCUUGGCCGAAGAAGGAGGCCGAGAGCUGCGGUGAAAAGCCUCCAGCUCCUCUCACGAAGGCCGGAUGAGCGAGCCGCCGAUGCCUGGUCCCGCCCACAUGCGCCCGUCCUUCGACGGCCCGCCGACCACCAUCGCGGCCGUGCCGCCCUACAUCGGGCCCGACAUCACCGCGCUCGGGCAGACGCUGGAGCUUAUGUGCACGCCGCCGCACGUCAUGUCGCCCACCAACCGCAACCACCCGUUCUUCAUGUCGCUCAACCCCAGCGACCCGCUGCUGGCCUACCACAUGCCGGGCCUGUACAACGCCGACCCGGGGCUGCGCGAGCGCGAGCUGAGGGAGCGGGAGAUGCGCAGCCAUCGCCAGCGGGAGAUGCUGUAGCGCAUGACUAACUUCGAGGUCAAGCACCUUGAGCUUUGGAAGAGGCCUGCACCAUCGGCCAACCCCAUGGAGCACUUUGCGCGCCACGGCGCCGCCAUCUCGCUGCCGCACAUGGCCGGACCGCACCCGCCGCCUCCUUCCACCGGGCGGCUGGCGGCUGAGCGGCUGGCGCUGGCGGCUGGCGGCUGGCGGCUGGCGGCUGGCGGCUGGCGGCUGGCGGCCGAGCGCAUGGCCUCAGUGGCCGCCAACGACCCCAUUGCCCGGCUGCAGAUGUUCAACGUCACGCCGCACCACCAUCAGCAUUCGCACAUCCACUCGCACCUUCACCUGCACCAGCAGGAUCCGCUCCACCAAGGUGGUGGUGGUGAAUGUCUUGUGUGUCCCCCAGGUUCGGGGGCCCACCCGCUGGUCGACCCGCUCGCCGCCGGACCUCACCUGGCGCGCUUCCCCUACCCACCCGGAGCCAUCCCCAAUGCCCUGCUGGGACAGCCUCCCCACGAGCACGAGAUGCUGCGACAUCCUGUGUUUGGCACACCAUACCCUGCCCGUGACCUGCCAGGAGGUCUGCCUCCACACAUGUCGGCAGCGCACCAGCUUCAGGCCAUGCACGCACAGUCGGCAGAGCUCCAGAGGCUAGCCAUGGAGCAGCAGUGGCUGCACGGACAUCCACACAUGCAUGGGGGCCCGCUGCCUGGCCAGGAGGACUACUACAGCCGGUUGAAGAAAGAAAGUGAUAAGCAGCUGUAACCAACUGAGGGAGAUGCGAGGAGACGAGGUCGGCAGGACGUUGACACAGGAAGUUGUAACCGAACGCAGUCACGGAGAGGAACUCUACGGUGUCCUUGGACCGUUUUUUUUUAUCCUAUUUUAAGACAAAGAAAGAAAAAAAAAAGGAAAAGUACAGACACCAGUUUCCUUUGCUGUUAUGGACGUUUAUUUUUUUGUUGUUUUUUUUUUUUCCGUUUGGAAAAAAAAAGGAACUGAGACUUUGGUAUAUAGCGUUCAAGUAGUAACAACGUCCUCAAGACUGAUUGUGACUUCCCUGCAUGGCAUCCAACUCCGAGAAGCUUCCCUGACCUGUUUAUUUUGUAGGUGCUAGAGAACAAGACACUUUUGUCACUGUGCUUAUGGAGAACGAGAGGAAAAAAAGACACAAACAAGGAAAACUGAUGGGCCAUUAUAUCUGAAAAAGUGCUAUCUUAAAUUCAAUGUUUAUUUUAAUACAUUGUAGAACGUUUUCACAAUUUUAAGAGAAAAAAAGCUGCAGCAUGGCAUUUUUUUUCUGAGUCUGUAAAUAGUAUAUAUACAUAUAAUAAUUAUUAUUAUUAUUAUUAUUAUUAUUAUUAUUAGGUGUGGAUUCCUAACCAAGUUGUUAGACCCUUCCAGUAUAAUAGUUCUGAAGCAUUAUCCCUUGUUUCAGAGGGGAGCGCGAUGGCUCUGUUUGAGUUACCUAAUGGUCAUAAGAGACAGGUAUGGUCCAUAAAAAAGUUUGCUGGUACAGCAGUACCUCACAUGGAUCCACCAAUAUGUUUCACAUUCAGUCUGUCAUCGCUUUUUGAGAGCCAGCCGCAAAACAAGAAUGAAACAAACAUGGAGGGAAACAAAACACUUCAUUAUCAUCAACACAAGCUUUCCCCUGGUGUUGACUUGAAGAUUUGAGACACACGAAGAGGAGGGGGAUGACCUGUGUCUUAAUUUGGACAUUAAGGAGAGAACCCAAACACAAGACAUGAGCACAUAAACUCCCAUUACUCUCAAAAAAAAAACUUGAAAAUUGCACUAAAUUUUUAAGCACUCACUUUGACAUUUUCACAUCUAAUUGACACUGUUGCAAAUCAGAGAAAGUAAUGUGGAUACAUCAUUUUAAAAAUGUAAAUCCAUUCCAUAUUAUAAUUGCAAUUCCUUUUUAACUUGUAAAAUAAACAAUAUCAGUACCUUGCACAAAUAUGCAGUAGCGCUACAGUGGCCCUACUGGAAUCUCGACUUCAGUUCUUUGAGGAGUGGUUUUUAACGCUUCAGUUUUAAGACUUGAGUGGUGCUUAAUUUGAACAGUAAAGUACUCUGUCCUUGCAUACAUAUCCCACAAUGCUCUCCUCCCCCUGCAUAAAAAAACAAACCCAGGGCUCCUCCCUCACUUAACCUCCAGCUUCACUGUAACAACUCAAGGUACCAUACUCACUGUGAUGCCACCAAGGCAAGUUCCUGAAGGUUAAGUGCUUGGACCUGAGUAUGUGUCUGUUUUGAGAGAGAAGAUGGCAAGUGAGAAUAGUGCAUGUGUUUACAAGAGAGGAGAAAUACAUGCUCCCAGUCCAGGUCCUGUCUGCAUUCCUUUACAACAACUACUGUCACAACUAGCCUGCCCUACAUACCUCCUCACAGUCAUGGCUGGGUUGGUAAAAAGGUGGGGGUGGGUUGUGUGCUCACCUCUGUUUGACUGUUACAUGCAGUAUUUUUACACGGUCAUUUUUACCACGUCACCUCAACUUCAUUCUGUUGUCCACCAUUGACAUCAUCCUCAGAUAUAUCUAUAUGCAUCUUGCACUUAAAAUCAAACCUCUGAGAUCUCUGAACUGGUCUGAACACUCACAUGGGGCUCCACAGCCUCAGUUGACGGCAGCGGGUAGUAUUUUGAAGGCAUGCUUUUCAGAGUGACACCAGCCGAGUUUAAUUUUGAAAUGUGCAGCUUUUUUGACCUAUUUUUCCCCUGGAUGUGGGUCUAAAUCCACACUGGGCUUUUUAUGAAAAUGAAAAACUCUAGCCAUUGACCUGUCUCUGUCUGUGUGGUGUACUGAGCAUUUGAUUUCUCUCUCUCUCUCUCUCUCUCUCUCUCUCUGCUUUAUUUUUACCAGAAGUCUCCCUGCCCCUCUGUUCCUCUUUUGUGUCUCAAACCUUUGAUGUUAAGUGUUGUCAACGGUUUAGCUUCUCGUUUUAAAAGCGGCAAUAGCAGAAUGUAAAUUCUGACUGCUAAGAUUUAUAUAUAUACUGGUAUCUUGAAGCUUAUUGUACAUAUUAGUAGUCGCCAUGGGAUGACACAAUGUAAACAAAAAGUAGAAAUAAUUAAGACAAAUUGUGAGUCCUGUGUUCUCUCCAUUUGAGUAUUUUGUAAUUUUUUUGAAAAAUUUGUGGAAUUAAAAUAAAAACUAAGUUACACCACA